AGGCCUCAAACAGGCUCAUAGGAAGUGUCUUGAAGUCGAAAUAAAGCUUACUGCAGCUUCUGCCGUAGCUUAGCGGUGUAGGUCUUUUGACUCUCUGCUGCAGCUAAACUGGAGAAGGAGAUCAUUUUCAAGAUUCAUUGUGUGAUCCAAACCCUCAUCUCAUCUCAUCUCUCUCUCUCUCUAAUAUAUAGACCAUUCCAUCUAUGUUUAACCCACGCCAAGAAACCCACACUUCCAGCACCCUAACCAGCCAACACCGCCACCGCCGCAACCCAUCCUUAACUACUACACCUUCUCCGCCGCAUCACCAUCCGGGAAUGCCAAAUGAAGAGGCCGAUAGUCAAAGCCACUCCACUCCCUUCAAUACACAAAGAUACCCUUCCACCUCUGCCAACGACGGCGCCAGUAUCGAAGUAGUCCGUCGUCCACGCGGCCGCCCGCCUGGCUCCAAAAACAAACCAAAGCCGCCGGUUAUCAUCACACAAGACCCUGAGCCAUCUAUGAAACCUUAUGUUCUCGAAAUUUCUGAUAACAAUGAUAUCGUCGAGGCCAUUACUCAGUUUUGCAGAAAAAGGAAUAUGGGUCUCUGUAUACUUAAUGGAAAUGGGGUUGUUGCGAAUGUUAAUCUCAAACAGAUAUCGUCAACUCCCGGCGCCGUCGUCACAUUUCGUGGGCAUUUCAACAUCUUAUCGAUUUCCGCUACUGUUUUACCAGGAAAUAUUCCGGCGACAGACGACGGUUUCAAAAUAUCACUGGCGGGACCGCAUGGUCAGGUAAUAGGUGGGCUCGUGGUCGGGCCGUUGAUCUCUGCCGGAACUAUUUAUCUGAUCGCUGCCACGUUUAGUAGUCCAUCUUUCCAAAAGUUGCCGCUUGAAGAUGACCCCCACCACUCCGGUGAGGAGCGGCAGCAGUCUCCUCCGGAGCUUUCUAGGUUAGGAGAUAGUGGCCCUCCGCCGCCUCCGGCUGCCGACUCUAGUAGAAUUCCCGUUUAUACUUAUCAAUCUUCUGAUGUGAUCUGGGCUCCCGCCGCUAGACAGCCGCCACCACCUCCGCCGCAUUUCUGAUCGAGACUUCAUUCGGUUUCUUCGGCUUUAAUUUGGUCGACUCAAGUUGAACACAGUUGUGGAUCAUGUGGAUGGAAAUUUUGCCAAUAUUUAAGAGGGUUGGACGAUUAGAAAGAGUUUUGUUAGUACAAGUUGGUGAUGUGUGGAUAGGGUUUGAAGUUGCAGCAUUGUGAUUGCUUUGAUGUACAAAGGCUGGCUCUGGUAAUGUUAUGAUUCUGCUGGAAAAAAGUAGGUUGUGACAGAGAUUUAUGAGUAUGGUCCAUAUGGAUAUGGAUACUUCUGUCUUAUCUUUAACUUAGCAGCUCUCUCUCACCGGAUUGCUACUUUGCCAAUUGUUCAAUUAUGGGUCCUCAUUACUUUUCUGCAAUACCUAAAAGAGAAGUUUUAAGUAAAA